UGUAGAUUGUUUGUGUUUGUGAAUGCUUGACACAAUUAAACAACUUUUUAUCUUAUCUGAAUAUAAAAAAAGAAAUCUAUCUCGCAUAUUGAAGCUAACUGGACCUGUUGAGAGUGAUCUAAAGAAUUAGAAGUGAUUGGUGAUCGUGCUUACGUGUAAGCUGACAGAAACAGUUAUAUUGUCGAUAUGGCAGCCAAGGUUCAUGAGUUUACUGUAGAAAUGACUUGCGAAGGCUGCUCCAAUGCUGUUGAAAGAGUGUUGAAAAAAAAAGAAGGCAUUGAAUCAUUCAAAGUUGAUUUACCAGGGAAAAAAGUAUACGUCACUUCAGGAUUACCAUCAGAUGACAUUUCCGAGUGUCUUAAAAAAACUGGAAAGACUGUGACUUUCAUUGGUGUAAAAAAUUAAUUUUUUUUAUUAAUUGAUAAAUAAUUACUAUUUUACAUUUAUUAUUAAAAAUAACGACUGUCUCACAAUUUAAAAAGUGCAUUUUAAUAACUUAUAAAGCUGAGACAUAUAUUUAUAUAAUUACACACAUCAAGUAUUCUACUUAAAACUAUUUAAGUAUUAAAAUCAAAACAGACUGCAAUCGCA